AUUCUAAGCAAAGUACGGGCCUGUUAGGCAAUACUUCAUUCUUACAGCUUGCCCGGGUCUUUCCUUAAUUCGUAUCAGUUAGUCACUUUCUUAUAUCUAUGAACAGACUUUACCAUGAAUUUGUAUUCACUAAUGUUGAUUUCUAAGACACAGUGAGGGCCCAUGACUGACCACCAUAUUAGCUGAGUUAUAGGCACUAUCUAAGUUAUUUGAAAAUAGAUGGCAUUCGGAGCAAAAUUCAAAAGCUAUACCUUUUUUGCGUAAAAAAAGUGUAAUAAGUUUAAAAUCUGCAUUCGCUAAGGCGCAAGGAAGUAUCAAACGCACGAAAAAUACCAUACGUACAAUUUGCCCCAAACACUAUUUAUGAAAAUUGAUUUCCCGUGUCAAAAAACUCUGCCCUGCCCAAUUUCGUGCAAACGUCUGGACUAUUUCGGGAAUUAUGUAAAAAAAAAUCAAUGGGUACACUGUAUUUAUUAUCGUCCCGUAACAAAGACACCCGAAAAAAGGACGUUGACAUUGACAGGCGCGUCAGCGCCUCCACACCACCCGCCAAAUCAUCAGUAUGAGCGUCACACCACCCCUAUCCGAAGCCCAGAGGCGUCGCGACGUCUUCCGGCGUCUGCGGGAAGCCAAGGCGAUGCUCCUGCCGGUCGUGGAGCAGGUAGUGGACCUGAAGGCGCAGUACCUGACGCGGCGGCAAUUCCAAGACGCGAAAACCGCGUCGAAGUUGCUGAAAAGCGUAGUCGACGAGGUACCCGAGCUCCAGGUGGCUCGCUACCUCCGCAACGUCACUUUCGACACCGACGCCGGCGUCGGUCGCGACAGCGCCUCGGUGUACGUCGGCACCGGCCUGCUGCUGCAGCUGGUCGACCUGCGCGACUUCCUAGACGAGAUCGAGACGCACCUCGACGAAGUCGACGUCCAAGAAUCUUCCAUCGUCAACAUACUAACGCCGCUGAUACCGUCGAGAACGGAAAUGUACGUCGAGAACGACGACGAAGCCAAGACGACACCUUCCACGGAAGAAGUUGUCCAGGUGACCGACGUAGGAGGCGCCAGGGAGAUAAUAGCCAAGUGCAUACGCGACUUGGAAAUACUCAACGUUUAUCUGUCGAAGCGUCGAGCCGACGCGGCAUCCGGUCGCUCGGAAACGGACCUGGAGGAUUUCCCGACAGCGGAUGUGCCCAGGGGUAGCGUCAAAAUCCAACGCGGGGGAGUCGACCUGGGGAGGGAGCGUUGCUGUUGUUCGGACCCCUGCAUAGGAGACGAUUCGCAGGAUAACAUGGACGACGGCUGCGACGAAGACAAGGUCGUCAUCUGCAUUAAGGGCCGCACCGAGGACGAGGGCGACAUCCGCGUGGUGGUGCGCCAAUGCCCCGACUGCAGGCAGAAACAAGUUGAGAGUUUCCGCGACAGCGACGAUGCCCAACGGACGCCCAGAUCCCUCGACAUCCGGCACCGCGACGGCGACGAUGCCCAACCGACACCCAGACCUCGCAAUAACCGACACCUCGACGGGGAUGGUGUCCAACUGACACCCAUACCCGUGGAUAUUCGACACGACGACGACGUCGAGGACGCUGAACCGACGCCGCAGACUCGCGAUUUUCGAAGCCAUGACAAUGGCGUCGCGACGCUGCGACAGUCCGACGCCAAAUCGACGGCAGACGCCGACUCGGUCCAAACUAUCCCUUCCGUGACGGAGGCGGAAGAAUCUCGUACGUCGCUGCGCAAUUUCAUCGACCUGGUAUCCGACGAGCCGAAAGAAUCGGAACCCGCCGCCGAAGCCGAUCCCCAGGUAUAUGCGGCGAGCUGUUCCCGGCUCCGGUUGUACGACACUGCCCGUCUCUGCGUUGAGACGGACAAGGGAGACGAGCUGCUCAUUUCCCUAACCGUCACGCCUACGAACAAGCCGCCCACCGACCCGGACCGCAUCCUAGAGGACCUCUUCGGCGACGACGUCGAAAAAAAGAUCGUGCCGGUGAUGCGGACGAAGAUCUGCUCUUCGCUCGAUUUCGACGUGACCGCCGCAGAUACGAAAAUCCGCCGCCGUCCGAUCCGCCACCGGAACGCCUCCAUCGUAGUGCGUCUCCACGAGCUGGGCGUAGACAACCUCCUGAGAGCGUGCCGGCCCGCCAAGUGUUGCCGCAAGGCUGUCCUAGGCGAGAAGACGACAAAAUCGUUACCGUAUCCGGCCAGCUUAACCUCGCUGCCUUUGGAUGACGAGGACGUCAGCGUCAUCGACCAGUCGCUGAGGAUGAGCGUGCAAAAGGUGAAAAAUUCGACGGAUCUGAGACGCGACGGGCGCCAGGUCUACCGUUUGGCACCCAAAUUGGCCGUGCAGACGAUCAUGUACUGUUUCGUCCGGUCCGUUGACGCGGCAAACGUCAGACGCACGUGCAGCUAUUACGUGAACCUGGUGCGCGACGAGGACGACGUCCACGCGCCGCCACGCCGUUACGACGUGAUGUAUUUCGCGGUGCACCACUCGCGAGACGCAUAUGCCGGCGACGGGGGCGGCCCGCGACCGCCUCCGAGGAGAAUGCCGCGGGCGCCGCCUCUCAGCAAGAUCCCGGUGUACAGGGGCAGGGGGCGCGGGACUGGGAGGAAAAUUGAAGGAAACUCGCUCGCCAGGUUUACGUCAGAGCAGACGCGAGCGCCCUCGUCGGCCACUCGCAAAAGCUUUAACCGCCCCAGAACUCCCAGUAAAAUUUCACUAAUUACCGAGGUGGAAACUGUCACUCGCAUCGACGAAUUCAGAGUCAGAAUACCGAUGGAACGAUUCGCGAGGAUCCUCUACGACCUGAUUGCGAAAGAAUGGUCGAUAUCGGGGGCAUCUCUGCGCGGCGAAAGGGGCCAGACGGGGCUCGGCGAACCGAAGAACGUGGCCGUGAUAUUCGAAAGCGAAACGUCCGUCGUAUCGAGCUUGUCGAACGCGCAGCUUCUGCCGAGCCGGUCCUGCUUGACCGGCAUCUGUUCGCCGCUGAUCGGGCUCGGGCAGAUCGCCGAAGAUAAAAGUUACAAAAUGGGCACCGCGAAAUACCUGGUCUACAAUAACGACGCGAGGUCGUCGAUGUUUCGGAAACUCGUCGACAAAACGAAGGAGUCGUUUUCAUGCGCGAACGACGAAGCGACCGUUUGCAGCAAAUGCCGUUGCUACACGUCGAAUUGCCCUGUUACCGAGACAAUCGGCUUGUGCUCUUGCCCCGACGACAACAGACACGUUGAUGAUUCCGCCCGACCUAAAACGAUGAAGCAAUCGUUGGGGUCACGACUGAAAAAAUCUCUGUCGUCUGUGGUGGACAGACGGAGCGCCGCACAGGAAGCCCACCUGUGCGGCUGCUCGAAACGGUUGAAGAACGCCGAGACGAUGUGCUCGCCACCCAAUUUGCGAAUCGUGAAGUGUCAAUCGAGGUUGACGCAAACGUGUGAGUGCGAGCAGUGCGACGCGUUCUCCGACGACGGUUCGUGCUACUGUUCGCACUGUCUGGGCUCUUUGGACAAAGGUUCGGUCGCUAAGCCCGCUAGCGCGGACGCCGCGAUCUCGUAUCGCGAAACAGAUGCGCAGAUUUUGUAUUCGUUCGUUACGAGUCCCCCCGCCAUAUUCCGCUAGAACUCCGAUGUGUAAUAAAGGUUAUUA